AUGACUACCAUAAACGUGGGACUUUCGGAUAGUUUGAAGAAGAUCAACCAGUGGGACUGGCCACUUAAUAAGGAUGAUGGUAUGGUGAAGGUUAUAAAUACUGACGAUAAAUUCGAAGUCGCACUUGAAGCAGUUUAUUUCGAACCUAAAGAAAUUGAGGUUAAAGUGAUUGGCGAACAGUUAGUUGUUCGAUGUUUGCAUGAAUCAAAAAGCGCAAAAUCUGGCGAAAUAAAACGUGAAAUUAAUCGUACUUACAAUCUUCCACCAGAUGUUGACUACAAAUCUUUAAAGUCAAAUCUUACGGCUAAAGGUCACCUUGUUAUUACUGCUAACAAAAAAAAGUGA